UGGACAAAUAUGGUCACAUUUCCUGGUUCUAGUCAGGACUCGAGCAGCAGCAUUCUGGAUGUACGGCAGCUGUUUUACUGCUCGUUUAGAGAGCCCGGUGAGAAGGCCGUUACAGUAGUCUAGCCUGCUGGAGACAAAGGCAUGGAUUAGUCUCUUUAAAUCUGGCUUAGACACUAUUCCCUUGAUUUUGGCAAUGUUUUUAGGUAGUAAAAAGAUAAUGUUAUUGAUUUAAUGUGGCUGUUUAAAAUUCAGAUCUGAGUCCAUUAUUACCCCUACAUUUCCUGAUGAUUAGGUUUUAGAUAAAGAAUCUCAAGGUGGCUAAUAAUACUUUCUCUUUGUUUCUGUGGGCCAAAGACAAUGAUUUCAGUUUUGUCUGAGUUUAGCUGGAGAAAGUUGUUUUGCAUCCACACACUGAUCUGUUUGAUGGAGUGACAUUGCAGCUGCGUAUUAGUAGGCCUGCAGGAAACAUGUAGAGAUUGAACAAUAGGGGUCCCAGGAUUGACCCCUGGGAAACCCAACAGGUCAUAUCCUUUUGCGCUGAGACACAGUUACCAAUUCCAACAAAGUACUUCCUGUCCUCCAGAUAAGACUUGGACCAGUUUAGAGCAGUACCAGAGAUUCCCGCCCAGUUUUAUAACCUCUGUAAUAAGAUCACAUGAUAAACUGUGUCAAAGGCAGUGCUCAGGUCCAACAGAACUAAAAGUGAGACUUUGCCUGCAUUUGUGUUCAGACGGAUAUCAUUUGUCACCUUGAUCAGAGCUGUCUCAGUGCUGUGGUGGGGCCGAAACCUGUUUGGAACGUAUCAAACACAUUGUUGGAGAGGAGAAAGUCAGUAAGCUGUUGGUAUACAACCUUUUCUAAGACCUUCCCCAAGAAUGGCAUGUUUGAUAUGGGCUGAUAGUUGUUCAGUAUUGUGGCAUCAAUACUGCUCUUUUUCAGACGAGGCGUAAUGACAGCAGUUUUUAGGGCCUUUGAAAGUGUUCCAGUCUGAUGAGUGAGCAAACUGCUCAGCACAGAAAUCUAGUGGAUAACUCAUCGAGGCGGCACGUUGAUGGACCCAGACUGCAGAUGAUCUCUUCGACUGUUGUGGCAAUGACAGUUAUGAAAUGUGUCCGCUCGAGAUGUCUAGCUGGCUGCAGAAAACUUAUUUGUGUUGUGGUAAUGAUUGCAUUUUUACACCUUGAACUUUUUCGUGAACGAAUGUUGCAAACUCAUUGCACUUAGAUGUAGAAAUGAGUCGGAAGGGCAGUGAAACUGGAGGGUUUGUUCAUUUGUUUACUGUAGCAAACAGGACACAAGAGUUGUUACUACAGUUGGUAAUGAUUUUAGAAAAAUAACUCUCCCUUGUUCUACGCAAGGUUUGGUUGAGCUUUGACAUUUACUUUCGGCUCUCGGGCACUCCCUUUUCUGUGCCCAGACAGACUCAUAUGACAUAUGGGUGCAAAUGUGAGCAGUGGUACAACCUUUACACUUCCACUCCAGUCCUGUAGGUGGAGCUACUCCAAACUGGUUGCCAACUACUAAAUAAACUGAAAGACAAGGAGACGUUUUUUGCUGUUGUUUCCACAACGUUAUAAAUCCAUGCACCUUUAUUACAAACUGCACCAAGAAUGUUUUGAAUUCUUCCUUAGCUCAAGCCUCAUCACUAUGUUUGCAACAAAAGAAGCUAACAAGCUAAAUAGUCAACAAGAGUUGUAAUUGCUAAGAGUUAAGGUCACAUCAUGUUCUUAACCCUGACAACGAGGUCUAAAAGCAAGGAUGUCCACAGUGUGGCCCAGGAACCAUUUGCAGCGCGUGGCUUGUAUUUUAUUGGAAUGUGGCACACUGUAGGAAUAAAAUAAAAAAAAAAAACAGAAAAAAUGAGAAAAAUUGAGUAAAAGGCUUAACACAACAAAAAAAAGCUGAAAUGUUGAUACUAUUAACUAAUAAUACAGAAUUUAAUUUUUAAAUAUACAGUUCCCUCUCGCGACCGUGAUAAUUGAGCUUCCGCAAUAUAGGAUUCAAUGUUAUUAAAUGGAAUAUUUUAAUAGUUGGUGCACAGAAAUGACUUUCUAAAUACAGUUGCAGGGACAGUUGCGCGGGCUCGUGACUGCUGCUAGCUAGCAAGCUAACUAGCUAGUGAGCUAACCUGUUAGCUUCAGAUUUAUUUCUUCUAAACUUAAGAAGCCAAAAACCUACCACUUCCACACAAAAAGGGAGGAGAACUUUUGGCAUUGUCUCCACCAUUCCUGUGACCCUGAACGAGAUAAGCUGUAUUGAAAAUAACUGAUGUUUAACUGGGUGUCCCGUAAGGGAUUAAUUACAGUCAGAGGACCGUAUCAACUUCCCCUUCCCCAGACAGCACAUGGAACAAACCGUCGGGGUCAAACGAUGCAUUCACACCUGCUAAUUUGGUUUAGAUCAACGAAUGCAGCUAAAAAAAGUGUUGUGCAGACCUGCCAACAUGUAUGAAUUUGUCAUACUCAGCAAUUUGUCAGCUUCAUUGCUCUCCAUUUUGUUGCAUUUCACUGGUUUCAGUUUCAAGUUGAGUUUGUAAAACACAUAAAUAAAUAGAUAUUAUCAGCAAAAACAUUUCUGUCCCCCAGCGGCAUGACAGAAAAUAAUUGAGAACCACUGUCUUAAAAGUGCCUGUCGCCCGAAGUCAGCUGGGAUAGGCUCCAGCAUGCCCCCGCGACCCUAAUGAGGAUGAAGCGGUAUAGAAAAUGGAUGGAUGGAUGGAUGCCUUAAAACAACCCGUAACCUCAGAUUCCAGAAACGAGUGUAAUAAAAGCUUGGUUGUAACCAGACUACCAUUGCUGUGAAAUCAUUAACAAAGAGGCGAUGGCGUCGCGACACGACGGUGUGCUGUGAGUUUGAUGAAGAUAAAUCCAGGAAGAGGAUGUGGUGACAAAGGCGCUGAAGCUGCUCACGCAUGUGAUGAGCACCAAGUACAACUGAAAGCAAAAACAAGGAGAUGCAGGAAGCUGCUUUCACACAGCACACACAUGUCGCCAUGUCGCCAUCAGAGCGCCAUCUUCAAAGACUCUCCCAGUUUGGUGCGGCUUCUCUGAAUACUCGACACUCUGCGAGUUUGCCUUGUGGCUUCAUGAUAAAGACGUCAACAUGAUGGCUGAUGAAAAUAGAUGCAGCAUGCAUGAUGGCAUCGUACGCCACCCUUAACAGGAAGCAGCUCCAUGUCUACAUGGUGGUAAACUGAACGUUUACUAAUGCAGUGUUUCCCAACCUUUACUGCACCAAAGCACAUAUUUUACAUUACAAAAUCACACCACAAACAAAACUGUCGUAUGAAUGACAACAGGGGGGUACACAGCUUAAUUAUUACCUCCUGCCAUCUAGUGGACGAGCAUUUCAUUCAGUUUUUUGACAUGAAGUUUGUAUAACAUUCCCAUCAGCAGUGUAGUGCAUCAACAGUGACCUACCCCCCACUUGGUCCUGUGAGCCGAGUUCUGGUCAGAUUUAGGUGAUGAGGGACUGGUUAGUUGGUGGGACCACUAAUCCUGCAAACCUAUGUUUGCUUAAUCUACAACCAGUGGAUUGUAGAUUGUUGAUAAUGUACUGUUAGAUAUUAUUAUUAUUACACUACACACUAGAUUCAGUCUAAAAGCUCAGUGCAUUGUCAGUCUAAUAACCUCUCAUAGAGGCCUUCAGGACACACACAACUUACAUGACACACACAGACACUCACAUAGCACAAUCGGAGUUGUGCAACACAUAUACGACUAAUGGAAAAACACUGGGAGACACACAAUGAAUGCAUUUUUCUCACAAGCUUAACUAUCACAUCUACACAAACUUAACUUUCACUAUCUAGACAUUCCUUCCUCAUUGAUGAAAGGAGUCCAGCGCUUAACCAAAUAUAUUGCUCUUAUUUUUUAAUACAGUUUGAAAUCCUUUUAAAAUGUGUGAUCAUUGACUACUUCUCCGAGAUCAACGCAGUCCAAAGAACCGUGAAGAAAGGCUAUGGAGAAGUAACAGCCAUUACUGUGCUCUGAGGCUGCCUAUUUUCUGUGACCUGAGUUCAGAUUUGAGUGGGUAUACUUGGUGAAAAACCUGUAUUUUCACAUUGUUACUUUUUAUGAGCGCCACAGUCUCUGAGCAUAUAACUGGUUUUGCGCUUCUAGAGAAGGAAGAACAUUCUGGGUUGAAAACACUGUCCGCUCUUCUCUUCUCAGAGCGCUGUACGUUUAUUUUUUUGUUGUCUCCAGCUCACUUGUCUUGUCCCUCCACCAUUGCUAGGCAACGUUCACACAUCUCGUUGUCCUCUUUAUCCGUAUCAAUCACUCGUUUCUAUCUUCUUUUCUUGCAUGCCUCACUUGUUCUUCCAUGUCAGUCACUUAGUUUCUCCCCUUUUUCAUCUUUCUCUGUUGUAUUUAGAGUUUGGCACCAAUGCAAAGAUUUGAUUGGCUGAGUGGGUGGCUUAUGUUGGUCAUUGGAGUUACUAAAGUACCGUAAAGUCUAAAAAAUAUCACAGGUUUGCAAUAAAAGCGCCCCGUUAAAACUUCCAUCCAUCCAUUUUCUGUGCCGCUUAUCCUCACUGGGGGGUAUGCUGGAGCCUCGCGUCAAAACUUAACACACUUAAAUAAUUUACUGAGUAUAGAUCCAGGUCCACAUUUGACGGUUUCUGGGUCCAGACUCAGCCCGCGGGCCGCCAUUUUGUUAUCCCUGUCGUAAACCAUCAGGAAGUUCCUUUCGAAUAAACUCGGUUACAUAUUCCUCAACUCUCCUGCUUUGACUGCAAUUCUUCUGUCUCAGCAAGUUGAGGCCUACAGAGGUGCAUCAGUUCGUGUAAACAGGUGGCUCAUCAGAUUCUUAACAGUGCAGGGGAGUGAGGCAACUAAAACACUAAAACCACAGCUGAAGAUGUUCUGCGAUGCUGAGCCGAGAUACAAACCUCAGGCGUGUGGUUUGGCGGGGGCGGGUUUCUGGAGUCUGUUUACUUUGCAGUGAGCUUCAGUCCUCCCUAUGUCAUUUUUUAACCAAACAAUCCUUUAUUUCUAUAUUGAAUUUUGGAUUACUGAACUCUCCUGAACUGAAAACUACAAAACAUGAAGACUAGAUUUGUUCUCACCCUUUAGACUUUCCUUAGAUGCAUCAAGCUUAAAGCGCAGUGCGGUUCAGACCUUUGCACUAUGCAAAAUGUCCUGAAAUAACGCAAUUUCCUGUUAUUUAUGAUCAUCUCCUGGUGGAAAUUAUACAAUCAGACAUGAACCCCCUUCUCUGGCAGGAGGCGGUUCCACUGGGCACACCUGUAAUUGAUUGCAGCAGCUACGGUACUUAAGCUCACUGCUGUCAGCUGAGUAUUGCUGGAUUCUUCCUUGGUCUUCCCUGGCAUUCAGACAGCCGCACUUCCUCUGUAUGUAAACCUUUUCCACCAUUUAAUUCCGCUGCCUUUUUUUUUCCUGGUGGUUUGAGCCCUGCACUGUUUUGGACUUCUGACUACUGCCCAGUGGGCCGUGGCCUCCCCCAGCCAUGUUUGGGAGUUCUUUUGUUUUUGGACUGCUCCAUGGUGUGCCUUCUGCCCCAUCGCCUUGUGUUGAAACUUUCUGGACUGCAUUCAAGAAUUUCUAUAUUUUUGUGGCAACUCUGCGUGGGGUCCACGACACAACAAAACCCAAUGAAUGAGUAACGGACCUGCUUCUUUAUAAAUGUGAUGAGUUACCAGUUACCAAAAUAACUUUUGUAGUACUUUUUGGGGAAAAAAAAUAUGCGAAAGAAUUGGAAUUUAGCUUUGUAGUGGCAGUGCCUUUUGAGAGAGGGUUCGGUUAAGUUGACCUCGUGACUUGCAAUUCUCAGGCAAAACCCUAAGGGGCAACAACCACAACCACAUGACUAGCUAGUUAGCUUCCUGUGUAGUACUUGUGAACAAUGGGGACUGAAGCAACAUCCAGAUUGUUGUUAUAGAUGUCAGUCCAUAACAGCGCACCACAUUUCACUGUUGGUAACUGUGACUGGUUGCGUGUUUGUUUUGGUUGACGUUGGAAAAACUUACGUCAAAAUUUAGGCUCGGUUUGCGUGCAUUUUCCAGUUACCGUGCAAUAUGGCGCGUGUCUUAGGCACAAUAAUCAUGGGCUACUGUUGCAGCCGUAACCCAUGCUAAGCUAAAACUCAACUCUGAACCCGCAAUGACACUUCUGUCCACAUGUCUGGAACACAUUUAUUGCGAUACACACAAACACGUCUUAAAUGGCUUAUUUUCUAUUAUUAUGUCUGCUAUAAUGGGCAAUAAAGCGUAAAGGUGACUAUAGGGGUGCUAUUUCAUGUCUAGAGGGCUCUAAUAGUGUUAAAAACGGUACCUAGAAGGUCGUAAACAGGUUUUCUAUGCUCUAACUACAAAAAUAUUCCUUUUAUAAAUAUCUUUGCGGAAAUUUGCUUAUGACAGUCGAGUCUGGAACCAAUUAACCACGAUAAACGAGGGAAGACUGUAUUUCUUAUGUGAAAAUUGAGUCCGUUAGAGUGCGUUUUGGUUUGAGUCGGUUCUCCUGGAACGAAUGAAUGACGCAAACCAAGGUUCCACUGUCGUAAUGAAUUAACUACCCUUUACUGGACAACAAAAACGCCGUUACAGCCAACACUGCAGACUACUCCCAUUCAGCAGCUCAAAGAAGGAUGCUAAUGAACUUGCUGUCUGAUGCGCUGCUCUGUCAGAGUUGGUCAACUCCUCCUUUUCCUCCCUGACAAGACGAGCCGUCAGAUGCGGCGAAAUCAUCAGAGAAGAAGACAAACACAGAAAUGUUGUUUGUCUGCUGGAUGGCUCAGCUGCUGCUGUUGCUACUGCUGCCAGCAGCAAGUCUGGCUCAAAGCGGAGACGGAGGCGCUGACCUGGUUUCCGAGUCCAGAAUCAGCUGCAUGUCUCACAUCAGCACGACAGAAAGCAGUUUAACCUGCAAACUGAUUGGCAGCAGGAAUGAGGAUGAUGAAGACGAGGAUGACGGAGUGGAGUCGAUGACUGUGUGUUUUUACCAAAACCCGCAAGUGGACAGAUGUUUACCAGUGCCCGGAGACACCAUCACGUCCGCUGAUUUGAAUCCUCUGGCCCGUCUCAAAUUGACCAUCCACUUGAGAAGGGGCGGAACUGUCACAAAAUCCAUCCAGAUGAAUAAAAUCGUUAAACCUCGAAGCCCCGAGGUGUGGAAUGUGACUGUCAACCAUGAGUCAAACCAGGCUGUGUUUCACAUUCGGACGCCGUACCAGAAGGAAUACCUGAAAAUUGAAAAUCAGCUAUUUCAGUUGGUCAUCUGGACAUCCGACAAAAUGAUGGUAACCAUCCAUCGGAGCUGUGGUGUCCACGUUCACCAUGAGAUCAAAGAAUGUCAAACCCUUUUCCUCCAGAUUGAAAAUGUGUCAUCAUCAGACACGAUGACUGUCAACAUGGAGCACCUUCUUAAAAACUCCAAAUACCACGUCAAAGUGCGAGCGAUGCCGCUCAGGUCUCUGCAGGGUAGCUGGAGUGAGUGGAGCUACGCCUUUAACUUCUCCAUUCCUGAUGUCCAUUCACAAAGAGAUUAUGCAGAGGAGAUGAUGAAAAGACUGAUUGUGUGUUUCAUCCCGUGGGCCGUGCUGACGUUAGGCUUUCUUUUCUUCUGGAAAAAAAUCUUCCCGUACAUAUGGCCCAACAUUCUACAUCCAAAACCCACACUGGUGCAGAACUGUAAAACCAAUAAAAGUUCUCUUCUUCUCAACUUAAAACCCGAGGAGUUCAGUGCUCUUAAAAUCUACCCACCGGUGGAAAAAAACGAGCAGGAACCAGACAUGCUGAUCCGUCCUGCAGCCAAUCAUCCCUGUUCCCACCAAAGCUCUGAUGACAGCGCCAACACUGAAGAACUGGAGCUUUCCAUUCAGCUCAACAGCAGCUCCUCUGAUGAAGCCUCCAGCCUGCAGAGCUCCAGGUCGCUGCUGGAAGAGGAUGCUGCUCCUAAUCAGGGAUGUAGCAGUGGAAGGUCAACGCCUUACGUCAUUGGAGUGAAUCAAAAAGAGGAGGAUUACGUCACCAUGUCCAGUUUCUACCAAAUCAAGUAGGUAGCUAGGAUGAGUAUCUGUCAAACAUCAUUAGACUUAUUUUAGCACCACGAUCGGGUCAUCAUUUGUUCAAGGUCGUUCAACAGCAACACUCACAUUCUACCAAUGUUAGCAGUUUAGGCUUAGCGGUGUUAAUUGUACUGAGGUAUCCAAUUUACUUAGACAGGAAAUACCAGAUUAUGGUCAUUUGACAUAACAGAAAAGGUUGUCAGGGCCUUCAUUUACAUUUACAUUUAUUGUCCAGCACUUCAUUGCCGAUAUCAACUGAUACCGAUUUUAGCAGCAGCUCUUCCCUCUCUCAAACUAAUGUCAGGUCACAACUUGUGGAAUGAACUGGAUUUAUCUCACCAACACUGCUAAAUACUGCAACAUGCAAUGAAUGUUAUGGAACAAGUGCCAUAUUUACAGUACUUGCAACAUUUUGUCUCAACAAAAUCUAAAAAAAAAAAUCACGACCAAUAGUCACCGCAAAAAACAUGUUCUCCUACCUAUCAACAAGUAAGACAGUUAAUAAAUUAAUUAGUUAAUACUUAAUAAAUUCACAAAUAUGAGUACAAUUAACUAAUACUGGCAAUGAUACAUGAUUUGGAAAGCUGCACAUUUCUAUGUGGCACAAACAUCCGUAUAACAACAAAGUAAAGUGCCAAAUAUGAAACUUUAAUAUUAGAUUAGCAGUGUUAAAUGAAAACACCAUACUCACCCCUUGCAGCGCUUUACAAGCACCGCAAAUUGUGAAACUAGGAAAUAAUUCCCUGCGAUUGGCUGGCGACCAGUCCAGGGUGUACCCCGCCUCUCGCCUGAGGUCAGCUGGGAUAGACUCCAGCAUACCCGCGCGCGACCCUAGUGAGGAUAAGCGGCAUAGAAGAUGGAUGGAUGGAAAUAAUUCCAGACUGCGGACAUACCGAGCUGGUGUGGAGCAGGAUGUCAUCACUCGUGCCCAUAUCCUCAUAGGCAGAAAAAAUGAUCCUGACAUAACUUGAUAUAUCAUUUUUAUGCCAGUGUCGGACAAUAAUAUCGGACAUGCCUAAUGUUUAUUUUUUUAUAUAAAAAUGAAACAAAAAAGUCGAAAGUAUAACUUUUGCCUCCAUCGGUAAGCACUUUUAUCCGAGUCUUGUACGAUAAGUUACGACGUAUACGUCGGAUAUAUGCGACCUGACCGUUCAGACUGCAGUAGCAUCGGAUAUGUGUCGGAUUUAAAUCUACAUUUAAGGGCUGAGUCGCAUUUGAAAAAAUCGGAAUUGUACUGUUCACACUGACAUGAAAAAUUAGAUACAGGCCAGAUAUGAGCAAAAAAAAAUCGAAAUUGACCUUCAGCGUGAACACAGCCUAAUAGUGAUAGAAUGGCAAUGGACACGAGACACGGUGAAAGGACGGACUACUAGAUGGAGGAGGACUGUAACAGACAACUUUAUAUCGAGCUGGGAUCAUCACAUUGCAGAAUUGUUAGAGACAUGGGACAAGCGAUGUAUGAUGAAAAUCCUGACUUGCUAACAGCGCUUAUAUACCUUCCUUGAACAGGUGUAUGUCAGCUUGACAUGCUUACAUGUCAGGGCAUGUCUGUUCAACUUGAGAGCUGUGCUUUUACUGACAUUUCAGUGUGCCGGGAGCAGACUGAAAUCAAGAGACAUUCAAGAACUCAAAUAGCUCAGCGCAUUGUGAGUCUAAUAACUUCUCAUAGAGGCCCUCAGGACACAAAGAGGACACACACACACUGAUGCACGUUACAGUUGCGCAGCACUUACAUGCAACUGAUAGAAAAAUACAGGGAGAGACACGAUAGGUUCAUUGUUCUCACUCACACAAGCUUAACUUGUUUCUACACAAACUUGACUUUCACUUUCUAGAGAAGGGGCACGGCCACUGCCAUAUAGACUCUGGGGAUUUUCAUCCUCUGCUCUUUUCUGGAUCUUCCUCAUUGAUGAUAAGAGUCCAGCGCUGUAAGGAAAUAUGUAACGAAUUUUAAAUUGUGGGAUCAUUGACUACUUCUCCAAUUGCAAAGCGGUCCAAAGAAGCAGGAAGAAAGGCUAAACGGAAACAAUAGCCGUUACACACGCGUGAUUAAAAAGAUUUUCCUGGGCUCCGUGUAAGCGAUCGCUGGGUUUACAGAUGAUGAACACAUUAUUGCGCAUCUAAUAUGUCACUAUGUUGAUGAACAGAGGAGUUAUAAUGCGGGACCAAGUCAAUUGUGGUUGGUUUUUCAGGACUUCUGAUUGGCCCAAAUAUGCAUGACAACCGCUGAAUGUGUUUAUGUGGGCAGACAAUGUGAGUUUUUUGAAAAGAUCCGCGUUCAUGCGGACAUAGCUUGUAUCUCAUUCAUUUCUAACCUGUUGUGUUCAUGCAGGUUUAGGUGAAGGACAUAUCCUGAUGCAAAACCUUCCACUUUAGACAUGUCAUUUGUCGGGUUUUGCCAAGUGCAAUAACUUUAAUUUUCAUUUUAGGUGAAGAAAGUGACACAAUGCAUCGACAUUUUGAAGUAACUAUAAGUGAAACAAAUACUGAGUAGUACCACCGGCUGGUACGUAGGAUCGUUUUCUUUGAUUCUUCUUCUCACGCACUUGCUACUUGAGCACUUUUGGUUUAUUGGAGUUUUUGUGGUUGGUUCUUGGCUUUGAAGUGAGGAGAGAUGACAUGAUAUAUGACGUAAGAGGGUGGGAGGCCUCGUGAGUGGAGCUUUCGGAACAGUUUCACAUAUGGAUCUUUACAAAGCUGCUAGUUUCCUAAGAUAUUUGUUGCUGAAUGACUCUGGACCUCUUAUUCUCAUGUAUGUAAGAGGAUGUGGUCUUAUAGGACAGGAUGUUUUGCUACAGCAAUCACAUUUGCUAAACACAAAGCUGCAACUUAAAUCAUGUUUCAUACAGCAAUAAACAUGCCCAGAUGAUGUUGCCGUACAUUUUGCUGCUGAUGAAUCUGUACUAAAUACCUUGUGCUUGUGAUAUUUAGUCAAUCUUGAAUGUUGAAAUAAAUGCUUACAAUGGAGGUCUCCUGUGGGUUUUUUUUUUCAUGUGUAAAUCUGCCUGUUUUUGGUUUCGAAAAUCAAUUAUUUAGUUUUAUUCCCUAAAAAUAGCCAGUUGGAUUGAAAUUAUAUGUGUAUUACUUUGAGCAAAAAAAGAAAAUUUAAGUUGCUAACUAAAGUGGCUGUCCACACUGGGCAGCUUAGUGAACUGAAAAAAUAGACAUAUACAUAAAAAAAUGUGUAUAAAUAUAUUUCAAAAUGAAUGUGUCAUUAAUGAAAUACAAAUCAACUUUUUAUUUUUAUUUUUUUUACAGGUCACAAAUGUAGAAGUCUUGUACUGCAGUCGUCCCUUGCAAUAGCGUGGCACGAUUAUUGCUCCCUUGCUCUAUCGCGUUUUUUCAAAAAUGUAUUAAUGAAUAAAUGAUCGCUGUUUCGUGGUUGACUCUGGCGUAUCAGUAGAGAAAUAUUGAAAAACAAAGGUAUAUGUAAUAUUCUGUAAUGUACAGUAUGUGCGUGUCAGGAUGAGUGCGUGGGGAUUCCCACUGGUUGUAUGUAUUUUUGUACUUAGGAUACUGCUUUAUCGUGUUUCUUAAACUUUUCCUUUCAAUUUGGUAUCAAAUUAAUAUGCAGACUUAAAUCAUAAUGAUUGCAAGGUGACUAAGGGGAAGCUCAAGUUCAACCCAUUCAAACGGAAGGAUCUCAACAUCCGGCUGAAACAAAAGAUAUGUAGGAUAAAGACCUUCAAGGGAUGAAAAAAAUAAGAUUAAUUAUCUGUAAUUAAUUGAUCUAAUCAUUCUCCAUUCAUUGGACCGACAACUCUCACUUGAUUCUCCAUUUUCGCGACUCAUCGCUCCUCACCUUGCCCUCCCAACUGCAAUGGGAAUCUAUCAGCUAAUGCUGAACAAGCCCAAACACAAUGACAGCCAGUCAAUGUCCACUUCAGGGUGCCACUGACCAUUGUUUUCCACCCCCAACAACUCAAGCGCAAGCAGCCCAACACGUAAAACAGAUUUUUUUUUCAAAUAAAAAGACAACAUGCAUACAGAAAAUGUAAACUGUAAAAAUUUGAUUCAUGUGAUUAAAAAAAAACACUCUAAAUAUGACUGCAGUUAAUGAAUCGCAAUUGAUGAACAAAUUUGACAUCCCCCAAAAAUUACAUUUACUAUAUGUAAAUAUACUGUACAUGUUUAAAGAAAAUACAUUUUGUCAUUAUUAGUUAUUUGUAUCGAUAUUUCAGCUUUUCGCUUUCAA